GGCAGUAGCAGCAACAGCGGGUGGUACCGCCGCCGCUCGCCGGGCAGCUGCGGGACUGGAGCGCUGGGCGCUGCAAGCUGUUACUGCUGCCGCUGCUGCUGGAGGCAGUGGUGAUGGCGGGGGGCAUGGGCACACUUGUGGCGAAGGCGCCAGGCAGCAUGACGUUGAUGGCGAGCAUGAGGGGUGCGCAGGUGCCCCUCCGGAUGUCGUCUCCGGGGGCGUUUGUCGGGAGGGGGCUGGUGUUGGUUGCGGAGGAGAGGCAGCGGACCCCUUGGACCUGGAGGCAUGGGAGCUGCUAGCCGCGGCGCUGGCGAAGCAGCAAGGCCUAGGGUUGCCAGCAGCAAGGGCUGACAGCAGCAGCAAUGACGUCGGAAGCGUCGGAAAAGACCCACGGGUCGCGGAAGGCAGUAAGGGCAGCACGUCAUGCCCCUCCUGCUCCUCCCCUUGCAGCUCCUCCUCCGCACAAAGCCCCGUGGCCCUAGGCCCGACCCCCAUCGCCGCCGCUGCUACUCCCGCCGCCGCCACCAGCACCAAUCCGGCUGCAGCAGCAGCACUGGGGGCGGGUAGCGAGGGAGGAGCAGCGGCUGCCACUGCCACCCCCAAGCGAGGUAGCGACAGCGGAGGAGGCAGCGAGGAGCCGCUCAGCGAGGAGCCGCUCAGCGCAGAGCUGUCGGAUAAGGUUGGGGGCGGAGGAGAUGCAGCAGCCGCCGCGGCUGCUGCUGCCGCUGUCGCGGCGGCGGUGCUGGCUGCGCCUCCGCCGGCGUCCCCGGCGCCUCCGCUGCCCCGCAUGCGGCGCGGCGGGC